AUGAAGGUCCCCUGUUUCCUCGGUGCCCUUGCUCUGGUCGGCAGUGCAGCUGCCUGGAAUGGUCAGUUGAGUGCCGAUGCCUACAACCCAGGCGAGGGUGGUACAAUUACCCAGGAAAUCCACCUGCUUGACUACACUACUGGAUCGAGAUACGACGGUGUCCUUUAUGGUGGUUUCAAUGCUUGCACAAGCACUCAAUGUUCCGUCUACUUUCAGGAAGUCAGUGGCGGAAACUAUCAAUUCUCGACCAAGGUCUGGAGAACUAACGAUGGAUGCCACAACAUUGAUUUCUCGGGUGCUUUCGAUGCUGGCCAUGGGUACUGCUGUGGCUCGCUGCCUUGCAAUAUCUCGGCUUAA